UGAUCAAAUCCACCAUCCCCCCUGAUUGUUUUUUACAACUCGAGUACUGUGUAUAUAUUAUGUUCAGUCAUUUCCCAUGAGAUGAAUGGCCCCUGUUACUAGUCACCGGGCAUCUCUGCUGGCAGCAGACUAGGAGGGGGAGCUGUCUCUGCAUCAAUGAGCCUGUUGAUCAGAAAAGACCACUAGACUGUUAAUGACAUGGUUCGCUGAUCAGAUCAGGAGGAAAUCAAACUCGGCUUUCACCUCUACUCCUACUUAAAGAGGGCGUCCAUAGCGGUUUUCCAGUCUACCUGGAGCACUGACACCUGUCUGGACCGCUGGGAUCUACCAUGAUCUGGACUGCAGCUCUCUUCAUCCUCGUCCUUCCGUCUGCUGCUUCAGAGGACUACUGUUACAAUGAGCCACAUUGUGAUCCCUACGCAUGGGGAGACAGCUUCCCUUCAUGUCACCCCUUACUUGAACACCACCACUCUCCCAUCAAUUUGGAUCCUCACAUGGCCAGGAACGACUCCCUGGGGCCGUUGCAUUUAGAAGGCUUCGACGUGAUCCCACCAGGGCACUGGACGCUCACCAACGAUGGUCACACCGUCGUGCUGCAGGUGGCCGGCGGCAUGGCGGUGAGUGGCGGAGGCCUUCCAGAAGUGUACCACACAAUCCAGCUGCAUUUCCACUGGGGAGGCCCAGCCACCAACGGCUCUGAGCACACAGUGGACGGACACAGAUACCCAAUGGAGAUGCAUAUAGUCAAUAUGAAAUCCAUCCAUCCAAACAUUUCAGCAGCCUUGGACGAUCCAACAGGACUUGCUGUUCUUGGCUUCUUCAUUGACGUUGUUUAUGCAGACAAUGUGCACUUUGGACACAUAUCCCGAAUGCUGUCUUCUGUUGCUUACAGAGGCCAAACGACGAAGGUGAAGCCGUUUCCUCUGAUGAGCCUCCUGCCCGAGUCCAACAUGAGUCAGUAUUACCGUUACAGCGGCAGCCUCACCACCCCUCCUUGUUCUCAAGCAGUUCUCUGGACAUUAUAUGAAGUGCCCAUCUACAUCUCCUGGACUCAAUUGGCUCAGUUUACCUCCCAGAUCUUCUCCACCGAGGAGGAUGCUCAGCAGGUGACACCGCUGCAAAACAACUUCAGGCACAUCCAUCCUCCCUUCAGCCGCAGUGUGUCGGCCUCCAGAGAUGCCACGCUCCUCAAAGGGACAGCGGAUCGGCCCCUCAGGUCAAAAGCUUUGGUGCUCCUGCUUCAGAUUCUUGUGCUGGGAAGCUUCAUACCUGGACUUUAGCGUUGUAUUAAGUGCAAAUUGCCCAAAGAAGAGUUAUUCAUAUGAUCUCACAGGCUGUGUUCCCCAAAAUCUUUGCUGCGUGAUGCUUAUAUUACUCCAAGUAUAGGGUGUGUUUUAAUAAGGUACCAUAUUAAAAAAAUAUCAAUAAAAGGAUCUAGGGCUGGGCGGUAUGGACUAAAAAAUGUAUCACGAUAAUUU